AUGUCUUUCGUUGAUGAGCAGAUUUUGGUAAUACCAACACUGGACAGCGAAGCACGAGCUAAUUUAGAUGCUGAAUUGUACAAGAAGUUCCGUGAUGAUGUUACAUUGGUGGAUAUACCGGCACAGUUGGGUAACGAUCAAAAGGGCAAUUGCGGAAUGUAUACAGCAAUCCUUGCAACUGACAAAUUUCUCUAUGUACCAGUGUUUGGUAAUGAUCCAGAGAAUUGGAAACGUGGACAUUCGACAAUGAUGGACAAAAUGGUUUUACAUAUGCUUGAGGUGAACACCAGAAAAACCGUAGUUCCAGUUAGUAUUCCACGUGCAAUCUGUGAACGAGGUAUAUCGUUACGGUCGUUAGCCUGGACAUUAAAGGGUAAUGUAGCUGAUAGAUUGAUUGAGGUAGCCAGAAAUACAGCAGUUCGACUAAUGCUGUAG